CGUUGUGGAAUAAAAAUCAGGUUUCAAAAGUGGUAGGACGAAAACAAUCGCCGGCGGCUGGCGCACAAGAGUCGGAUUAGGAUUCAACACCAAACUCCUUUGAACGCUGGGAAUCUGGGAUACUGGGUUUUUCUCUCUGCCGCCGCCACGAGCACAGUUUGUCGCUGCCAUUACCUACCUCCACUCUGAGCUCUCACCCGCCGUCGCCGCCAUCCAUUGGUAGAGGUUGAUGGGUGUGAUUGAUAUAUACAACGUUUCCUCGCUCCGAUUAACCACCACCCGCAGACCCAGCUGUGGAAUUGAAGGAAAUAGUAGGAGGAGGGUGGUGGCUAUGGCGUCCACAAUCCCUGUGCAGCAGAAAGAAGUCAACGACGGUCAACAGCGUUUGACUGGCGACUCGUUCAUUCGACCCCAUUUGAGGAACUUGUCUCCUUAUCAGCCCAUUUUACCAUUCGAGGUUUUGUCAACCAGACUUGGAAGGAAGCCUGAGGACAUCAUCAAGUUAGAUGCAAAUGAAAACCCUUAUGGUCCUCCUCCGGAGGUUAUUGAAGCUUUGGGUGCAUUGAAAUUCCCAUAUAUUUAUCCUGAUCCUGAAAGCCGUCGAUUACGUGCUGCCCUGGCAAAGGAUUCGGGCCUUGAAUCUGAUUAUAUUCUCGUCGGGUGUGGUGCUGAUGAGCUCAUUGAUUUGAUUAUGAGAUGUGUGCUUGAUCCUGGUGACAAGAUUGUCGAUUGUCCACCAACGUUCACAAUGUAUGAAUUUGAUGCUGCAGUAAACGCAGCUUCUGUCAUUAAAGUGCCAAGGAAGUCGGAUUUUAGCUUGGAUGUAGAAGUCAUUUCAGAUGUUGUUUUACAGGAAAAACCAAAGUGCAUAUUCCUAACUUCUCCCAACAAUCCAGAUGGGAGUAUAAUCAGUGAUGAGAUUCUCUUGAAAAUUCUUGAGCUUCCUAUAUUGGUGGUGCUGGAUGAAGCAUAUAUUGAGUUUUCAGGACUCGAAUCGAAGAUGCAAUGGGUGAAAAAGCAUGAGAAUUUAAUUGUUCUGCGAACAUUCAGCAAACGAGCUGGCUUAGCUGGACUCCGUGUAGGAUAUGGAGCAUUUCCGCUGAGCAUAAUUGAAUACCUGUGGAGAGCUAAGCAACCAUAUAAUGUGUCUGUUACUGCUGAAGUUUCUGCUUGUGCAGCAUUGCAGAAUCCGACCUAUCUUGAGACGGUGAAAGAAGCUUUGCUACAAGAGAGGGAGAGGCUUUUCAACCUUCUAAAGGAGCUGCCGUUUCUCAACCCGUAUCCAAGCUAUUCCAAUUUCAUUCUUUGUGAGGUUACAUCGGGAAUGGAUGCUAAGAAGCUGAAGGAGGACCUUGCGAAAAUGGGAGUGAUGAUUCGUCACUACAACAACAAAGAGCUGAAGGGUUACGUUCGUGUAUCUGUUGGGAAGCCGGAACACACAGAUGCAUUGAUGGAUUGCCUCAGACGCUUGUCGUCUUAAUGCAGCACCUUGAACCAAUUUCUCUCUCUCUUUCUUUUAUCAGCAGUUAGUGAAUGAUUGGAGUUUUAUGGGACUCAUUUUACUUGUCAAUUUAUUGCUGAAAAGCCAAAGAUUCCGGCAAUAGCUGUCGUUAAAAAGCAGAAAAAUUGUAUGUGCAACCGUCGUGAUUUGGAUUGGACAACUUACUAGGUUCUUCGAUGAAUGCUGAAUGAAGAAAUGGAUGCCCCUCAA